GCGUACCCGUGAGUGCCUCUCAUCCGCCUCUGCUCACCAACCCCACCAACUCUAUCUUCUCGUCUUCUCACACUCCGUCUCCUUCACUCAUCUACCCCGGCAUUCCCCCUCAAACGCCCUCAUAAUGACCGUCGACUCUUCCACUCCCUCCGGCCACGGCCAGACCGUCUGCGUCACCGGCGCCGGUGGCUUCAUCGCCUCUUGGCUCGUCAAGCUCCUCCUCGAGAAGGGCUACACCGUCAAAGGAACCGUCCGAAACCCUGAUGAUCCGAAGAAUGCGCAUCUAAAAGCUCUGGAAGGGGCGAAGGAGAGGCUAAUCCUCUGCAAGGCUGAUCUUCUCGACUUUGACGCGCUGCGGGCUGCAAUCGACGGCUGCCAUGGCGUCUUCCACACCGCCUCCCCGGUGACCGACGACCCAGAGAAAAUGGUAGAGCCGGCGGUGAGGGGGACCAAGUAUGUCAUCAACGCCGCCGCCCAUGCUGGCACCGUCCGCCGCGUGGUGUUCACCUCCUCCAUCGGUGCCAUGACCAUGGACCCCAACCGCGGCCCCGAUGUGGUCGUCGACGAGUCAUGCUGGAGCGACCUCGACUACUGCAAGAACACCAAGAAUUGGUAUUGUUACGGGAAGGCGGUGGCGGAGCAGGCGGCGUAUGAGAUGGCGAAGGAGAGGGGGGUGGACGUGGUGGUGGUGAACCCGGUGCUGGUGAUGGGGCCCAUGCUGCAGGCGGCGGUGAACGCGAGCACCGUGCACGUGUUGAAGUACCUGGACGGCUCCGCCAAGAAGUACGCCAACGCGGUGCAGGCGUACGUGGACGUGCGGGAUGUGGCUCUGGCGCACCUGCUGGUCUACGAGGCGCCCGGGGCCGCCGGUCGCUACCUCUGCGCCGAGAGCGUCCUCCACCGCGAAGACGUCGUCCGCAUCCUCGCCAAGCUCUUCCCCGGAUACCCCGUCCCAACCAAGUGCUCCGAUGAGGUAAAUCCUCGAAAGAAGCCAUACAAGUUCUCAAACCAGCGGCUCAGGGACCUCGGCCUCCAAUUCACUCCAGUGACUCAGAGCAUCUACGAGACAGUAAAGUGCCUCCAGGAGAAAGGACACCUCAAGAUCAUCUCUUGAUGCAGCCGUCAAAUUCUGGCACCACCACUUCUGGCUUGCUGCAUUCUGCGCUUGUUCGGUACAGAGGAGUGUAGGCACAGAAACCCCAAGAAAAUCCCCAACCUACUACUGCACUGCAAUAUGUAAAGAAUGGCAUUCUCUUAGAAGCUUGUUGUUCGCUAUAUAUCAAUAGAAGGUGCAUUAGUUUUUCUAAAGACCCCGCAAGAGUUCGACCAAAAUGAAGAUUAGAUUUUUGUUUAUUGAUGAGCACGCGGUUGGUCCGUACUGUGAUUAUAUAUUACUGUUUCAGACGGUUUCCAGUCAAA